AUCGAAUCGUCUGGAAUAAGCGAACGCAGUGCAGUGAGAUAGUGAGGAAACUGAAGAUGGCAACUGAUACGGAUCCAUCCACAAGCGGCAGGGAAGAGGAUCCCAGCCGCGUACUUUAUAUUGGGCAUCUACCACACGGUUUCUAUGAAGAUCAAUUGAAAGGUUUCUUCACACAGUUUGGCCGUGUGACCAAGGUCAGGCUUUCCCGCAACAAGAAGACUGGAAAGGCCAAGCACUAUGCCUUUCUGGAGUUCCAGUACCCAGAGGUUGCCGCAGUUGCAGCGACAGCCAUGGACGGCUACAUGCUGUUCAAGCAGAAGCUCUCGGUCCAUGUCAUGCCAGCCAAGGAUGUGCAUGCAGACCUUUGGAAGGGCGCCAACCGCAAGUUUGACAAGAUCCCCUGGCGCAAGGUGGAGAUGGAACGCCACAAUGCAGAGCGCACUCCAGAGCAGCAGCAAGCUCGGCUGGAGCGGGCUUUGAGGAGGGACAAGCAGAGGCAGAAGCGGCUGCUGGAGGCAGGCAUUGACUAUGAAUACAAACCCCUGGAGGCUGCCCUGGCGCCCAAGCCAAAGCACAAGACAUUCAAAGAGGAUGAGUGAUCUAGAAGCACAAAACGCCAAAUUUAAAUGCAACAGGAGUCUUGUAGAGGGACCUUCAUGACAUAGUAGCUAGGAGCAAUCCAACUGGAAAUUGAAAAUACCAUGAUCCAUAUGACAGUGGCAAGUGUAGAGUUGAGGAUAUUGUGUGCUGCCUGUGGAGUAUAUAAUGACAAGAGGGCGGUCUGUAUGAUAUAAUUACUGCUGAUG